UGCAGUUCUAUUUGGGAAGUUGGCAGCUCGAGGCAGAGGGGCUUUACUCUCGCGACUCUGGGAUUAUGAACAGCGCUGGUCUGACCAGCAUCCUGUUUUGAACAUUAUUCCCACUGAUCUGAGACCAUGGAGUUCGGAACCCGCAUUUUCAUCGCAUUCCUCGUAUCCCAGGUUGUAUGCACUGGAGCGCAGGAAGAGGAAGAGAAGGCUGAAUGUGUACCGGGAUUCCAGGAGAAGGAGUACCAGGUGGAGUACAGUGGAGGGUUCCUCAAAGACGUUCCUCUGCUGCAAGUGGUUUUCGACGACUGCGCUGGAAAUGAGGAUGUUGAGUUUGAAGUAUCGAACCCUGACUUUCUAAUAGACGAAAACCUGAAUCUGGUUCCCAGAAGAGACGUGAUUGACAGCAGAGAUGUCAUGUUUGUCCACGGUGUCAACGUUCAUGUUGAUGACAUGGCACAGGUGACAAUUAUUGGAGCACCAUCCAGAUCUCCUCAGACACUAAGGGAGAUCCUGGGUCUAUCAGACUUGAUGCCAUACCGAUCCAAAAGAUCCCUGCUGGUGCCCCCCAUGUUUGUCCCUGAGAACCAGAGAGCCCCCUUCCCCAGGUUAAUUGGAAAGGUGAUCUCAUCUGACAUGAAGGAAGACCACAUCUUCCGUCUGACGGGAAGGGGAGCAGAUCAAGACCCUAAGGGUGUGUUCAGCAUCAACCGACUGACGGGAGAUGUAGCAGUUAGCCGAGCUCUGGAUCGAGAGGCCAUUGCGUACUACCAUCUCCAGGUAUCCACCACUGACCUGAGUGGCAGAUUGGUAGAGGGACCAGUCGACCUGGACGUGUCUAUUAUUGACCAGAAUGACAACCGACCGGUGUUCAAGGAGCCACGUUACUCUGGGGAGGUUCUGGAGGGCUCCCCCACAGGCACAACAGUGAUGACCAUGACAGCUUACGAUGCAGACGAUCCCAACACGGACAACGCUGUACUGCGCUACAUCAUUGUGAGACAGCUUCCCGAUAAACCUUCACCCAAUAUGUUCUACAUCGACCCAGAAAGAGGCGACAUUGUCACCGUGAUAGCACCCCACCAACUCGACAGAGAGACUCUUCCAACCACCCAGUAUGAGCUAGAGAUUGUGGCCAAGGACAUGGCAGGAAGUGAGGUGGGACUGACAGGAACUGCAACAGCCACCAUCACCAUCACAGACAGGAACGACCAUGCACCUGAGUUUACACACUCACUGUUCCAGGCAUCAGUGAAUGAGGGAUCAACUGGCGUGGUAGUGAACCUGACGGUGGAUGACCGAGAUGACCCUGCCACUGGAGCCUGGAGAGCCAUCUACUCCAUCAUCAAUGGAGAUCCCAACCAGAAGUUUGAGAUACAGACCAACCUGGACAACAAUGAAGGGAUGCUGUCAGUAGUAAAGCCUUUGGACUAUGAAAGUUCAAUGUUUCACACACUGCUGAUAAGAGUGGAAAAUGAAGACCCUCUGGUUCCUGAUGUUGUGUAUGGCCCCAGCUCUACAGCGACAGUUAACAUUAUUGUUAUGGAUGUGAAUGAAGGACCAGUGUUCUUCCCAGAUCCUCUGGUUGUCAUCAGGAGAGAAAACAUUCCCGUUGGGAGCUUUGUUGCCAUUCUGAAUGCUACUGACCCAGACUACCUACAAACACAGAGCAUAAGGUUCACUGUAUUGAGAGACCCAGCGGACUGGCUGAUCGUGAACCCCUUCAAAGGCAACGUCACCACCAGAGCCAUACUGGACCGCGAGUCUCCACAUGUUCACAACAACCAGUACACCGCUCUCUUCAUGGCCACAGAUAACGGUAGUCCACCUGCCUCGGGCACGGGUACGCUGAUAAUCACUCUCGAGGACGAGAACGACAACGCUCCCUACGUCUUCCCCUCCGUGGCCCGCGUGUGCGAGGACGCUAAAGACAUGAAUGUGGUGGUGAUCGGGGGUCGAGACAAGGACAUUCAUCCUAAUACAGAUCCUUUCAAGAUCGAACUUGGCAAACAGCCAGGACUGGAGAAAACAUGGAAGAUCUCCAGAAUCAAUGACACUCACUCCCAGAUCAUGUUGCUGCACAGUCUGAAAAAGGCUAACUACAACCUGCCACUGGUUCUGACCGAUUCUGGCGUGCCUCCAAUAUCCAACAACACGGAACUGAAAGUUCAAGUGUGCACCUGUAAGAAGAACAGAAUGGACUGCAGCCGUGCCGGCUCCAUCCAAACAAACCUCUUGCUAUUGCUCUGCCUGGUUCUGCUCUCCAUCCUCUGCUUGUAAAUUCCGCUGAUUCUUUCUGUGGUCCUUUUGCAACACUGAAGAAAACCUACUUCUCUUCUCCACCCCAGGCCGAGAGAGUAGACCUCACCCCCAAAAGACACUUUGCACCCUUCAUUUCUAAUCUCCUCUUUAUCGCCAUCAUCUCUCUCUGUCGUCAAUUGGUGCACCUCCACCUUUUCACCAGGAACUCUCCCAAUGUCCUCUCCCUCCUUCCCCUGCACUUCCUGUCUACUCAUACUUCUAGAAUACAUCAUGGACGGCACCUUCUCGAUGCUCAAACUCUCUCUCACUGGACAAAGAUAUAUUGGAUGGGGGCAAAGUGAUUGAACAUUUCGAUGUAGGCUUCUUUAGUCUGCAGUGGUUGUGUUUUCUUAGGGCAGGGUGGUAGCCUUCAGAGUCUAAAAAAAGCAUCUCUUGCGUCUUUUUAUUUUUGUUUUUGGUUCAGUUGCAUUAGUUGUUAUGGAGUGGAACACAAUAUAUCUUUAUAGUAAUGUGUGAAAUGGUGGGGGGAAAUGUACACUAUAUAUUUUAUUUUUUACCAAUGUACAAAUAUAUUAAUUAACUUAUGUACUUUGAUCGCUUAUUCUUUAAUGACCCCUCACGAGAAAAAAAAAAAAACGAUACAAAAAAAGCAACUGUAUGUUUUUGCAAAAGUUUAGGAACUAUUUCUAAUGCCAUUGAUGUUUUUGCUCUUUUUUUUUUAUUUCAUGUACGAGCUCUUGUUUAGAGUGUGGUUCUUGAGCUUGGAGAGUGAUUUGCAGACAGAGUCUGCAGGUCUUGUGAUUCUUGUUUCUGAUGGUAAGGCGUUUAUUUUAUUUUUCUCCCUCUCCCCUUGGGUCAAAGUCAAAGAGGCCAGGGAAGGCUGUUGAUUCAGUGGUUCUUUUUUCUUCUUCUUUUUUGUGCUUGUGAGAAGAAGACAAAAAAAAAGAGAGACAGAAAAAGGGUUGUGUGGAAGACUCCAUAAGUUCUGAAACUGCGAAAGAAAAAAGAUGACGUGGUGAAUGAGUUUUGUCUGUCUUUUGCACUAAUUUAAUAAAGCUGUUACUGUACUUCCCACCA